GACUCGGAAAUCUUUCUAGGAACAGUGAGAAAGACAGAAGAACCCCUUGGGCUGCCAAGCACUGCUGCCACCAUGCCCAAGAGAAAGGCAAAAGGAGAUGCUAAAGGUGACAAAGGGAAAGUGAAGGAUGAGCCACAGAAGAGAUCAGCACGGUUGUCUGCUAAACCUGCCCUUCCAAAACCAGAGCCCAGGCCAAAAAAGGACCCUGCAAAGAAGGGAGAGAAGCUGGCCAAAGGGAGAAAGGGGAAAGCAGAAGUCGGCAAGGAUGGGAACAACCCUGCGAAAAACCGAGAUGCCUCUACAGUCCAGUCACAGAAAGCAGAAGGCACUGGGGAUGCCAAAUGAGGUGUACAUUUUUGAUAGCUCUGUACUUCUAAUGACUCUACUGUUUGAAAUACUAUUUUUAAAUCAACUUUUAUAAAAAUGUAGAUUUUUUUUAAGUUAUGUUGUUAGCACAUGAGAUACUUCGUUGUUGUCUUUUGUGGAAAGGGCAAAUAACCACUAGUAGAAUGUUUCAGAAGCUGGAUUGAAAUGGGGGGAAAUAGAAGUAUUUGAAGAUUAUUCUUGGUUCCCGGGAGAGAU